AUGUCUGGAUCUGAGCAUCGGGUGGGCGGUGGCUCAUCGUCGAGCCCGCCCUCAUCACGCACACCGCGACUGGCUUUUCCCACCACUCGAUCGAGGCCGACGUCUAUCGUUGACACCACUGCGACCUCGGUCGAAGCGUCCGCAGAUGCCAUCCUAUCCACCUCGCCAGCUUCUUCCAUCACCUCCACCGGCCUCUCUCCCCGAAAGCACACGCAGUCGGCUGCAGACCGACUCGCGAGCGCUCAAGCCAAGGACGCUGCUGCUGCCGCUAAAUCUCAUCGAACACGCACGACUUCGAGCACUUCCAGAUCAAGCACUGAAGCAGGUCGCCCUAAGCUCCCGACACUGCUUCAGGCCACCACCACCUCAAAGUCGGCAGCGACACCCAUCACCAGCACCUCUCUCGAUGUCUCUUCCAGCGCUAGAGCCGGAGAGGCUGCUGCAAAGCCCAGCGGGCACGUUCAUAACUUGGAGUCGCCUGUAGUCAAUGUCGAUAGUCAGCCCAUGUCGAGGCGCGGAUCUCGUGAUCAGGCCUCCACCACCAGCGCAAAGGUAGCAGGCCCGAGCACACCUAAAAAAACAACGGCGGCGCCCAAGUCAACGCCCAAUGCACCUCCACUGGUAGCGCUGCUUUCCGACUCGAUAGCCUCCAAGCUGAUCAAGCAAGGCGCCGAGGCCAAGGUGUAUAUCUCCAACAUCGCUACCAACAACAUCUUGUCUUGGCCGCAGCCACGCUCUUCCCAGCUUGAGUCGAGCAAGGUGCGGCCUCCUGCCUCUGUGCUGCUCAAGUGGCGCUUUCCAAAGACGUACAGACAUCCGACACUGUCGAGCAAUAUAACUGCGUCGCGCACCAUCAUGGAGGCCAGAGCGCUGCUCCGAUGUGCCAAGGCGGGUGUAGCGGUGCCAGCCGUUCGCUGCGUCGACGAAAAAGAAGGCAUCCUCGGUCUCGAGCUCAUCGCCGGCAAGAGUGUCCGAGAAUGGCUUGGUGGUGGUGCAGAGGGCGAGGAUGAGGCCUUGAUCGAUGCCGAGGAAGCAGCCGAAGCUGAAGAGCAAGACGUAGUGCUUUCGGAGCGCGAUCAAAUCAAGCUAAUGAGGUUGAUUGGUAAGCAGCUGGCCAUCAUGCACGAAGCCGACAUCAUCCAUGGAGAUCUCACCACCUCGAACAUGAUGCUGCGCCCUGCAUUGCCAGAUAAAGAGGCGACGGUCGACCUGGAACGCGACGAGGUGGUUUUGAUCGACUUUGGUCUUUCCUCCGUCUCGGCCUUUGCCGAGGACAAGGCGGUGGACCUCUAUGUGCUCGAGAGGGCAUUCGCCUCGACCCACCCUGCGUCCGAGUCGCUCUACCGCACCAUCCUCGAGAGCUACGCCGAGGAGGUGACGGCCAGAUCGGCUGGCAAAAAUCGCAGCAAGGGCGGCAAGCUCAGCAAAUGGGAAGAGACGCGACGAAAGCUCGAGGAAGUGCGAUUGCGAGGACGAAAGCGAUCCAUGGUGGGAUCCGCUCUAUGGAAGGACAACUGGAACAGACGCGUAGUGGUGAACAUCGAGCUUUCGAUCCAGGUCGAAUGGCAUGGCGUCUCGGCUGCGGUUCGCUCCCUCCCCGCUUUGGCGCGUGUCGUGCUGCGAACGCGUCCCACCGACGUAUUCGCAUUGUUCCGCAGUCAACCGAGACGAGCACAAGGCGAUCAAUGGCACGCUCUUGCGUCGAGGAUGGACGCUGAGUUGGAGCAUAUUGGUUCGGCGAAGCUAUUGCGCUCCCAUACGCCGCACGAGAGCUGUUCCCGGACAUCUCCGCCCACAGAGGCGCGCCCGAUCUUGGCUUGGCCCCUGGUGGCGCUGCAGACGGCGGUCGUCAGUGUACCGCUGGCGGGGCCGUUGGACAAGGUGCUUGGUUGGGGCUUGACGAGGUCGCUGCAGGCGGUGGAUCGCGUGGUGCCGCCGUUUGCCUCGCCUUCGCGCGUGUUGGGCUGGCGGGGCAAGGCUAAGACUGAUUGA